CGUUUUCACAGCACCAUUUAUUAAGACUGCCUUUAUGCCACUGUUUUGAUUACUGUAGCUUUGUAAGUUUUGAAACCAGGAAGCAUGAGUCCUUCAACUCUGUUCUUUUUACGAUUGUUUUGGCUGCUUGGGAUCGCUUUAGAUUCCAUAUGAAUUUUAGAAUGGGUUUUUCUAUUUCUGUAAAAACAUCAUUGGGGCUUUGAGGGGUUCCAUCGAAUCUGUGGAUUGGUUUAAGUAGUAUUGACAUCUUUAAAAUAUUAAGUUUUACAAUCCAUGAACAUGGGAUGUCUUUCCAUUUAUGUUUUUACUUUCAGCAAUGUUUCAUUAAGUUUUUCAUCUCCAUGGCUAACUAAUCCCUAAGUAUUCUUUUUGAUGUUAUUGUAAAUGGAAUUGAGUUAUUUUACUUCUUCUCUGGACUGUUCAUUUUACAUAAUCUUUACUUGACAAACACUGUAUUUAAAUUACUAUCUGGGUUCCCUUUUGGCAUAAACCGUCAAGCAACGUAAAGUAACAUCACAGACCACAGACUCGACACAAACUACGAUUUACUCUUCGCACUAUUCCUGAGGUUCAAAAGGCUGAGGAGCUUGCAACCCACGGUCCUGAGCUGGGACUCGGGGCCACGGGGCAGCUAAGCGAAUGGGGCGGCCAGUGUCUCGGGCCAGAGGCUCCUCAGCGGGGCGCUUCGCCGAGGGCGGCGCCGAGGGAUCGGUGCUCCAGGUACCGGUGCCCCAGCAAACGGCGCUUCCUUCCGCUUCCGGCACGCCCCCACCUUGACGGUGACGAGCCAGCGCCUCACAGCAGCAGAGCGCCGCCGGGAGCGAGGCUGGCGGGACGAGCGGAGAGCAUCGGAACUGCUCCGCCAGGGCUCUGCCCGAGCUCCGCGGGCGGCCUGGGCCUCCGCCUGCGCCACCGCUGACUCCGCCAGACGACGGAUCCUCGGAAGGCACAGCUGGCCCUGCCAGCGCGGAGGGUCAAGUCCGGCGCGGCCGUGGCUUUGCGGCGCCGCCGCUGAAAUCAGCCCGGUUCCACCCGAAAGCUCCGACCGCUAUGGAAGGGCCGCGGGGUCAAGAGGGCCGCGCAACCCUAGCCCGCGCCCAGGCUCACUUCCGGAAGGGCGAGUACGCGGAGGCCGAGGCGCUGUACUCCGCGUACAUUCGCCAGUGCGCCUGCACGGCUUCCGUCGGAGCGCCCGCCGGCAGCGAAUGCAGCCCUGAGGAUUUGGCUACUGCGUAUAACAACAGGGGGCAAAUCAAGUACUUCAGGGUGGAUUUUUACGAAGCCAUGGAUGACUACACGUCUGCCAUAGAAGUCCAGCCCAGUUUCGAAGUUCCGUAUUACAACCGAGGGCUGAUACUGUACAGGCUGGGAUACUUCGACGAUGCUUUGGAAGAUUUCAAGAAAGUAUUAGACUUGAAUCCUGGAUUUCAAGAUGCAACUUUGAGCUUAAAACAGACUAUGCUAGACAAAGAAGAAAAACAGAGAAGAAACUAUUGAAAAAUUUAACUUUGAAAUAUUAACUCAUGAUCCUUACAUCUGGCGUCUCAUUGUCUCUAAUUUAAAGUAGGUGUUGAGCUGUUUUGAUCUAUAUUUAAGAUAAAGAGCUUCAUACAUUAGCACUGAAAGUUAAAUAAUUGAUUUAAGGUAGUUAAUUUCAGGUUAAGUAUUUAUGUUGCAUAAGUAUGCUUUUCAUAAAUUAUAAAUAAGUAAUAAAAUGUGUAAUUAUAUAUUAUUACAGUAAAAUAUUUAAAG